AUGCCUCCUGUGGCGCCGAUUGUGAAGUGACAAGCUUAGCCCAGCCCAGCCCAGCAACAGCACUGCGUCCUUAGAAACAGCAGAUUUGUCAUCAGACUGAAUGUGAAAAGCAGCUCACUCAUUUGGGUGGUAGCUGCUGCUGCUACAGCUGGAAAUCUUUUGCCUUCAUCUUUAUAAAAGGGCAAAGCUACACAGAGAAUACACCAGAGGUGGGUGAUAUCGGACCGUGAUGCAGGGAUGUAGGAAAAGAAAAGUUGAAGAGCCUAAUGCGAUUGUUUUUCCUGAGAGUGAUCUUGAGUAUGUGAGUGAAAGUUGAAACUGCUCUGGCAGUGAGGACAAUAAGUUGUUAGAUCAGAGAUGAGAAAUCUGUGGCUCUCAUGAUGUUGUUGAACUCCCAUCAUCCCUGACCAUUGGCUAUGCUGGCUGGAGCUGAUGGAAGUUGGAGACUGAUAACAUCUGGAGGUCCACAGGUUCCCCACCUCUGUGUUAGAUAGCGUGCCAAUGGCACAAUCCAGUGGUUCAGAAUAAGACAAUCUGAUUCCUGCAGUAGAUACCAGCUGCCUGUCUCAUUCAGCAAUGGCCCUUGAUAGAAAACAAUUUAUAUGUGAUUGUUGAAUUGAGCACAAGAGGGUCAUGGGGGGAAAUUGUAUCUUCCCCUUCCCUAGACACUUCUUGCUGGGCUACAGAAUCAAACUAGGAGUUCUGAAUUAUGCUGGCUUGUCUUUUCGGGGAUUUCCCAGUAAACAGUUGGGGAGAGAUGCUGCCAUGCCAUUUUGAUUGGGGCAGUUUGGGGCUCUGAUGAUUUUCCCACCACAAAGGUCUACAGCUCUCUUCAUUUUGCCAUGACUGGUUCAAGCUGUUACAUUACUAAGUGCAGACUGUGCUGUUCUGAGGAAGAAAGAGCCAUCUUGUUCUCAACUUGUUAACUACUUCGUGCAACAGCAACAACAAGAAGAAUGGGGAGGGAGGGGUGUUAGAAUUAACUGUCCAUGCCAAAUAUACACAAUAUCAAGAGGUGAAUGAUCCUCCUGAAGGUGUUUUAACUGUUCAAAAUAUAUAAUUUAGCCUUCUAAAAGUGCAGGGUUUGAGGCAGAAACUGAACAACUGUUUUAUAUUGAAUAGUAUCCAUAAUUGAAUCAGAAUGUGCUGGCUUUGGGUCAAUCAUUGUAGUGGAAGACAGCUCCUACAGAAAGAUAUAGUUCUUUGAGGACAAAUAGCAUUGUUGUGCCUUGUCUGUUUGUGUUUCAUCCAGUCUCUCACAUGAAAUUUAAAUUGUAAUUUCCUUGGAGUGUCGGCUCUCCCUCUCAUACCAUAUUGUUAACCCAAUAGGUUACAUGGAAAGAUAGCCAUGUGAAAAUUAAGACCAACAGCAUGAAUAGAUCCUUGCCCAAAAAUAUAUAUGGGAAUCCUAACUAUGAAUUUUCAGUUCUCUUUUUAAAGAAAAAGGGAUGAUAGUGAGCCUCUAAAUUCUUGCUUUUUGAAGUUACAGGGAAGUAGCCUUCCAUAGCGAACAGGUGCUGGCAAUGGCUUCAGUCAGAAACAUUCCAUAUGGGUUCAAUGCAAAUUAUGAGACUGUCAUAAAAAUCAUUGGGAGCAAAUAUGUCCGGUGCCUUGUAGAAAAGACUGAUGGGUAAGUAUGCUAUCUGGAAGAAACAUUUUUGAUAUAUAUUAGUGGGGUUAUAUAAUUUUAUGUUGGAUUCCCUCCUCACCACAUUAGUUGUGGAUAGGGAAAAUCCAAAUGAAAUGGGGUGAGUAUGUUGCUACCUGUAUGAGGACAAUGUCAUGUGAACGACCCCAAAAAUAUGCUCCCAUGGGAUGUAUCAAAUAGACUUUAAACUGUCAAGCAUACACAGCCCUAGUCUACACCUUAAACAGCAUAUUACAAGAAAACCCUGUUCCUUUGGCUGUACCAUUUCACUGAGGGGUUAAGACCCAUUGGCUACCCUCACCUGGUUUAGCCAGCCAGUUGAAACCACUUCUUGGGGUGUGGCUGCUGUCACAUGCUGACAGCUUCUAGGUGAGAGCUGAGUGCAGGGUAGGGACCGAAGGUGAACAAAUUAUCUCAGAAAGAGCACAACGUGUCCCCCACUAGUGGCACUACCCCUCUCUUAACACUACAUACACCCCGAUGCAGUCUCAGAAUAGUUUUUCAGCACAGGGUCUGCUGCUUGUGUACCAGCCGCCAGGGGAAAGAUAUAUAUUGCAUUAUAGCUAGUAUAACAGAAGGCAAUAUUCAACAACAUAGUUGUGUUGGUGCAAGGAUUAGCACUACCGCAACAGGAUUCCCCCACUCUCCUUGUGGAGAUACACACUCCUCACCACCCCUCAAUCUGCUCAUGAGAGUUGUGGGGGGACCCAUGAGAGGAGAGAAGAUAGAAAUAGCUUUCCACUGCACAAAGAAAAAACCCUUGUGCUGACAAGAGAGCUUUGCUUAGUGCUACCUCGAACACAACCCAAACACUCUCAAGUUAAUAGAAAGGAGAAAAUUGUUCUGGAAUUGUUGUUCUCACACAUCCCUGACACUGAUUUAUAAAAAACAAAGGUCUUUGGGCAAGUGUUUUUCAGACUGAGAAAGGCCAAAUGGGAACACGGUGAUAUUUGUUAAUAUAAAUGGCUUACCACCCCUGAACUUUCUUUUCUGGUUGAUAAAGUAUCAAAAGGUUUAAUUGCACAGCUUGGUUUUAUGCUUUAAAGAGAAUGGCAUUAAUAAUGGCCAGGAUCCAAAGAGUUACUUAAGGUAUGCCCAAGAAGUCCUGUUAGAAUAUGUCUCUUCCUCUGAGUGAUAGGCCAUAAUGUAACCUGCUUUUGGAAUUCCUCUCCAUUUCAAAAGAGCUUGGUCAUACAAUGCGAGGAAGUAUUUUUUAACAGUGCAGCACUAUGCAUAUCUACUCAAAAUAAGUCCUACUGAAUAAGUGCUGAAUCUGGGGGUGGUGCUGAAAUAAUAAAGACUGUUGUGGGACCUCUACCUGAAGGAGCGUCUCCACCCCCAUCAUUCAGCCUGGACACUGAGGUCCAAGCUCCAAGGGCCUUCUGGCUGUUUCCUCCCUGCGAGAAGUGAAGCUGCAGGGAACCAGGCAGAGGGCCUUCUUGGUAGUGGCGCCCACCCUGUGGAACGCCCUCCCAUCAGAUGUCGAGGAAAUAAACAGCUAUCUGACUUUUAGAAGACAUCUGAAGGCAGCCCUGUUUAGGGAAGUUUUUAAUGACUGAUGUUUUAAUGUAUUUUUAAUCUUUUGUUGGAAGCCGCCCAGAGUGGCUGGGGAAACCCCACCAGAUGGGUGGGGUAUGUAUAUAUAAAUAAAUAAAUAGCCGGCUGUAAGAGCCACGACUAUCAACCAAGCACCUGAUUACAUGGAGGCCAGCCUCACACGAUUAUUUGCCACUUUCUUGUGCAGAGGAGUAAUUUCUAGCAGGGGGGAAAAUGUGAACACCUGUGGUUUGCAGGCAAUUUGGAGCUCCCCAGGCCUUACUUCCACCUUGCCCUCACCCAUCCCUUUUUUGGUGACUGGUUGGUGGUUGCUGCUGGAAAUUACACUAACUGGCCUCUGCACAAUUUUCGCUGGAGGCUGUGUGACAAUGGGAUGGGACUUUCCUACUUCUUCACCAUGUUAUUUUGAUCCUCCGCUGCCUGAACAAAUGUGCUGAGACUCGAUUUCUAUCAUAUUUGUUGUCUUGACUUGAUUUUAGCAAGUCUUCUGCAAAUCCCUCUUAUGUCACACUGGGAAAUUGUUUGUCUGCCAUUUUGCACACAGCUCUGAGAAAAGUGAAAUUCACAAACUGGUACCAUUUUGUUGAAAUUUGCAUAUAAACAAGGUUUAGUGGAACUGUAUUAAGUUUCUUCCUUGAGAUUAUAGUAUUCAGAACUGAACAUAAAGUGAUUAUAACUAUUAUAGCACAUGCCUCCUUUAUACUACAUUUCUUUCUGACCAGCAAAUGUUCCAGGAAACAAAUAUUUUUGGUGUUGCUCCACAACGCGAGUACGUAUUUGCCUCUGUAUACUGUAAAUAUACUGUAUGCUUGUUUCCUGACAGCAAAGCAAAGGAGGGUGUAAAAACUGAGACACAGUCCAUGCUCAGGACACUAGCUCCACACAACGCAAGACAGGCACAUGGAAACCCUCCAGGGCUCAAUAGGCCUCCUUGUCAACAGAUCCAUUAUGGUCUCAGGGAUGAACAACAGAACAAAGGUGAAAAGGAAGAACAAAAGUCUAAACAAGGAGAGACAAGUGAUAGCAGAUCUGUGGACAACAAAGUGAGUCACUGCAACUGUACUGGUUGCUUAUUAUAGGUUUCCUACUCAGCAUCAGACUUUACUCUUUAACUAACAACAACAUAAAUGAUUAAUAGGUAUCUUUUCUACUACUGUGGCUAUUGUUAUGACAGCUACUACUAAUGAUGAUGAUGAUAAAUAAUGACAGUGGUGUCCAGUUAAAAGAACAUUCUGCUGCUACCAAAUUCUGAUGAGAGAACUCCUGUAUCAAAAAACAAUUGUCAUCACAAAACUUUCAACUCCUCCAAACAGAAUUGCCUUAUAUUAAAAUUUUGACUGCUUAUGCUUCCAGUUCAUACCUGUUGCUUUUUUUUUACUUGGAUCUUUCUCUUACUUUCCCAUUCUGUAAACAUCUCUUCUCAUUCUUCGGUGUUUUGGCUCAUAGACAUCUGGAUUUUACAUUGGUUAUAAUAUAAGGCCUGUAUUAUAUUAUAACUAACAGACUAUUAUAACAUGGAUGGGGAACCUGUGGUUAGCCCAGAUGUUGCUGGUCUCCAACUCCCAUCAACCCCAGUUGGCAUGGCCAAUGGUCAGUGAUGAUGGGAGUUGGAGUCUAGCAAUGUCUGGAGUCUAUAAUCUAAUAUUGGCAGCCAUGAUCAUAUGGAAUCACCAUUUGUUUAGAGAGGGGACUGUAUAUUAUCCAGUAGAUCCAAACAGUGGACCUCCUCAUAUUAAGUUAUAGUCUGAUCUGACUGGGAUCCUGUAUCUCCCCACCAUCUUAAUAUAUACAUGCUCACAAAUUAAAGCAAAAACUAUCAGUCAAUACAAAUCAGAGCUGCAGAAUUUUUUUUUUUUUAAAAAAAAUACUGUAUGUAACAGUGUUGGAAUAUUUGCAACAUGUGGCAGGAAAAUAAUUGGCAUUGUUAGUAUUUUGGUAUUAUGUGUUUGGUAAACUUCCUUCCUUCCUUCCUUCUGCAGAACAGGAGGAAAACCAAUGGAUGGGCAUUUAUUUAUUAUUUACAUGUAUUAGUCACCGGUUAAGCUAGCCCCUGGGUUAGUUGCAAGGAAGGAUAUUUCAGGUAGGCAUUAGAAAAACAUUCCUAACCAUAAUAGACAUUUGACCGUGGGGCAGCCUGCAUCAGGAAGAUGGGAGCUCUCCUUCACUGGAGAUAUUUAAGCAGAAGCUGGGUGGCUACCUGUCAAGCAUGGGAGACUCCUUAGGCUGCCUUGAGACUCCUUUUUUUUUUUUUAAAUGAUAUUUAUUCCAAGUUUAAAAUUACAAAAAAGAAAAAGAAAAACAAUACAAAAUACAAAGAAAAAUUUAACCAUAACAAAGCGAGAAAUAUCAAGAAAAAAGUGAACAAUAAAAUAGAAUAAAAAAGAAGACGAAACAAAAAAUAUAAAAAUGCAUUGAGUUAGACUCCUUAGGGUAGUGAAAAAGUAGGAUAUCAAAUCCAAACUCCUCCUCCUCCACCUCCACCUCCUCCUCCUCCUCCUCCUCCUCCUCCUCUUCUUCUUCUUCUUCUUCUAGUUUCAGGAUUACUGCAUUGAUCCGGGAUGAGGAACAUAUUGGAAUCCGAGAACAGAUGAAGGGUCACAGGUUCCUCAUCCCUGGACUAGAUUAUCUCCAAGGUGUAUUUCAGCUCUAUAAUUCUAUUAUAUAUAUCAUGAGUUCUCACCUUCAAGGAUUGAUUUAUACUGACAGCUUGGUAGUUCUGUAUCUGGUCCUUUUAGUAAGCAAAAUAUUAACUUUGAAAAAUGAGCCAUGGUUCAUUGAGAGGGAUAAUUUCUGGAUCAAUCCUGGGUUCAAUCCCAGGCAGUGCUUUUUUUUUCUAAAAAAUAUUUAGGGGUACUCUCCUUUUCCUAAUCAUAUUGAAAUACUGCCCCUCAAUGAGGCCAAACUUAGAUUCACAAAAUGUUUAGGGGUAUGCGUCUCCCUGCAACCCCCCACCCAAAAGCACUGAUCCCAAGUAACUUAAAGAAUGCUUGAAAGAAAGGAUGGGGGUAUACCUCUUUCUGAGUAACUGCCACCAGUUAAGUUACAUAUAUGAAGCAGUGGAGAGUGUCAUAUUUGUACAAGAAAGUCCUAGGAAAUCUGCAAAGCUACAAAACAAAGCAUUUAUCUUUGGAGCAGUCACUAUCAUUUAGCCUAGAGAGAUCUUAGGCUUCCCUGAGUUCCUUGGCUAAGCCUAUAGUGGCUGGCCAAAGGUGAGUUUUAUGACUGAACUGGUAUUUAAACCCAGAUCGCUCCAGUCCAUGCAUAACUCCUGUUUGUUUAUAAAGAAUAUAAUAUUUGAUAUGCGAGAGGUUUUCUGAACUUUAGGGCUCUUUUUCCUCAUGCAAAGUGUUUUCAAUACCUACAGUUACUUUACAGAAUGAAUGUGUUUCUUGGAUUGCUUCUUUUCUAACUGCUUGUUUGUUAUCCAAGGGUUUAAAACCACUGAAUACACAUUGUGUCACUGCUCCCUCUGGUGACAAGUCUUUGUCCUACAUUCAUACUCUUCAAAAACCAUCUAUGGAAACUCACAUCUUAAAGCAACUUGAAAGACAACAGGUAACUGAAUUUAAGUAUAAUCAAAGCAAUUUGCAGUUUCAGGUGUUUGGCUUGUGACUAUUGGGCAUUUUUCAUAUUAGAGUGUUUUAAAAUACUUAAGGCCAAAUCAAGGGUUUGAUCCAAAACAGACAUUAUCUGGAAAAAAGUUACACUAAAUUUUUUUGACUUACUUGCAAGUAAAUGCUAUUAGGAUCAGGGUGGUUGGCUGUUUUCAGAUGCUUACAGCAUAAUCUGAUGCAUGUCACUCAGAAGUGGGCCCUAGGGAGACUGCAUACCUCACACAUCUUAACUGUCCUUCCAUACUUUCAAUCAGGGAGGCUGAAGAGAAUUAAAAGCGGGGGAGGGAAAUUUCCAAAAUUUCAGUGAAGAAAGUGAGGACUCAACUCUACAGGAGUUGACUACAGAAACUGUGGGUAACAGCUAGCUGCCUUGCAGGAAACUGGUAUGGUGUUACUGUGCAUGUGUAAUGUCCCCCUCAUCACCCUACCACACAUGUAGGAAUGCAAAACUUCAUGGCUUUGCUAUUUUGUCCCCAAUUUCUGCCCAGAGAGUUUAUAAAGCAGUUCACGUAAAUGUAAAUGCAUUAAAAGUAUGGAACCUUGGGGUAAAUGAGAGAUAUGAAAUCAAAUAAUAAAUUUAUUGCUAGACCUUACACAUACUUUAAAGCAUUCCUUUUCUCAGGAUAUCGCUCAAAAACCAAUGGAUGAAGAGAAUGAUUCUCUUCUGGGUAUCCUCAGAAAAGAACUUGAGCAGUGCCCUUUGAACCUGACUACAUUAGAAAAAUUUCAGGAAGAAUGUAAGGUUUUGGAUCCCAGAGUUUCAAGACUUCUGUCUCAGGCACAACUGAGCCACCUGCUUUUAAAGUACGAAGUCCCUCUGCAAUUACCCACUGUCAAACUCCUUUUCAAGAGAUUUUCAAAAGCAAAUGAUCAAGAACUGGUAUGUUAAUACAACAUUUUAAACAAAAAUAAUGUUGAGCUCAAUAGAUUGGAUUUCUUAAGACCUGCCUGUACUUUUUGAAUAUUGAUGUUAUAGGUCAGGGGAGAUUCUAACUCUGAAAUAAAGGUGGGCUAUUUAUUUUUUGGGUCAAAAACUAUUUUCUCAGCCAUUGUAAACCAUUAUAUCCAUGCAACCUUUUUAAUUAUGUACAGCAGAACUGAGCAACACUGUUUAAACUUAGAAUGCUAAUAGUGUUGUUAUUAAAGAUUUUCUUGGGUUACAGAAGUACAUACAUCGUUUCUAUUUUCAGAUCAUAAAGUCAUUCUCACAGAUCAGUUACAUUUCAUGUGAGACUUUGAUGUUGUAUACAGUAUAGGGUUGGGGGAGAAGAUAGGUGAGGAAAGAAUGUUCUGCAUAGUUGAACAGGAACAGACCUUGGUAAUAUGGCACCCUAUGUGAGGCCAAAAUUUGACACUCCUCCUCCAGCCCUUUUGCCACCUCCCCAAAGCUGGGUAAAGGAGACAGUAGGCUUUGGCAAGAAGGUGCAAUGCUCAGGUAGGGUCCUAGAGUCCUCCUUCCUCCUUUCCAAAACUGGGAAAGGGCUAAUUGGGCUUUGGGAAAGAGGUAGGAGGCCUCUAGGACCCUGUCAGAUCCCUCACACCUCCUUCCCAAAGCUCAGCACUUACUAGGGUUUGGGAAGGGGACAGAAGGGUGCUUUUAUUGGUUAUAGUCACAAAUAUCUCAAAAAUGUGAUCAGUGAAGUUAAUUCAAUGAAUGUUAUCAGUCUUUUCCUACACCAAUAGUUUUGUCUUUUCUUGACAGUUUCUUUUAAAACCCUGUUUUCAAGCUGUGUUUUGAAAAUAAACCUUUUUGUCUUUCAUGCAGGUAAAUUAUGAAAAAUUGCUCCAGUUUUUAAUGCCAGUGGCAGCAAGCAAGACACAGCAAACACAAGCCCUUCCAAGGAAGAGUCAAAAUAUGGAGAAUCAUUGCAAAAGGUUCUAUUUUAAAUUUCACUAUACUCCUUACAGUUAAUAAAUGAGCAAUGUAUCUGAACUCCUUCACCCUUCCGACAAUCUUCCUGUCUUACUUUCCAUCUGGUCAGGAUCUAAUAGGUGCAGUAAUUAUAAGCCACUCAAAAGGAUUCCAAAUGAAAAAUUGGCUCACUUGUGACAUUUACAAAAAACAACAACAUGUAGUACUCAAGAGGACAGAUUUUAUCUUGCAGCCAUCCAAAAUCUCUGCUAACGAAACAUAUUUGGAGUCUGUGAACACCUACGUUGCAGCCUGCUGGGAUGCAUCAGUGGAGAUUAUACAGACUUCCCUUAAUUAACCUUGGCAAAGAAGACUGGCAAGGAGUUGUGUGCAUUUAUGUGAGAUAUAUAUAUUGCUGCUUUGGCAGCUGAGCUCUGGAGCGUCUCUUAAAACAUAAGUAUAGCCAGGAUGCUGGUCAGAGUCUGCGUAUAAGUAUUCAUCCAUCAUAAACUGGCGUACCUCAUCUGGAUGGGAAUGACCUUAGGGACAUAUUUGCUAUAUCACUUACUUUCCUGGUCUCUGCUCUCAUCAUUAAGCAUUGGCUGUAACAUUUGCAGUAAUGUCAACUGUUGUUAUAAACCCACCAUUUCACUAAAUCACUGAUGGGGUUCCUGCAUCCCCCUAGGUUCUACUCAGAGUAAAUAAUGUCACUUGCUUGUUUGCAAAGACAUGGGUGUAUAGAAUCUUCUGGUUUGUGUUCAGCUGAGGGAAUGCAGCCUGCUGUACAAAAGUACCGUAAGUGUUACACCUAUUGUUCUGCCCACACUUUUGCCUCUGGCCCUGCAGCCCCCAGAAGGUGGAUUGUGAGGCUGAAAAAAGCUUCUCCAACUCUGGAUUAAAGAUUGUAGCUUCCAGGAAGCUUUGACCAGGCUUAGCCCUUCUCCUGUUCACAAGGAACUUCCUGCAGCUCCAUGAGUGAAUUGUAAGCUAUGAUGUCAUAGCUGUCUGGAAGCCUAGAUUUCUCGGCUGUUUUGUUUCACAUCUAAUCCUUCUUCACCUUGUGGUAAUACUCUCUGGCUUUAUUACCAGGUGCUCUACAUUACUGAGUAAGUUGCCCCAUUGGCCUCUCAGAUGGAGGUCUUUCGGAAAGCACUCAUACAACUUCUGAAAAUGUCAAAAGUGAGCUAUAGGGCUGUAACAGCAAUUACCAUUUUAAUUGCCCCUUCGUUACAUGCGUUAUCAUUCCACAGCUCUUGGACUCCGGAAGAUGCCUUCCAGGCCUUGAAGCAGACCCUGAAGGAACAUAAAGGAGAGCUGAGCCUACAAGACAAGACUUGCUCAGGUCUUCUUUCACCCUCUGAGGUAAAAAGGGAUUCUGUGGCUUACAAGCCUAGUUGUAUAUUCAGGAAGUGCUUUCCCACUAUAAAGGAAUGGAAUGGAUUAUCAGUAACAAAAUGGUUUUUUUCUGCCAUACACCUUGUAGGGUUGCCAUAUUUCAUAUUUUUAGGGGUGUGUGCUAAGUUAACUCCCCUUUUAUGCAAAAUCUUUUAAAAAAAUGAAGUUUUAAAACUUUUUUUAAAGGAAAUUCAACAAAAACUACACUUCUGACAUGGGUUGCCAUAUGUCCAGAUUUUCCCGGACACUUAAGCAAUUUCCACCUGAAUGCUGUUACAGAUGGCAGAAUCCUAGCUAUGUCAAGGAUAUUCCAGACAUAUGCCAACCCUACCUUCUUGCCAGUAGAUAAUGUUGAUCGAAGAAAUAACUGAGGAACAGACCAAUUCUCUCUUACCAGGUGAGGGAGAAUUGAAGGUAGGUGAUCUGUCAAGUAUACACGUCUGCCUGGCUCACAUAGGAGGGCAGAAAGUUUUUCUUCCUUUCUUUGCCUCCAUCACCUGGGGGUUCUAUCCUCCUUCAGGUUCUUAUGGAGGGAAAUUCAGUGUCCUUUUCACACUGCUUUGGGGGCAUGUGCUGGAGGGAUGAGGUAACUUAGGAUCUUGUGGAACAAAGGUCUCCCUUCCAUAUCCACAGCAAGCUACAGGGAACCAGGCAGAGGGCCUUCUCAGUAGUGGCGCCCGCCCUGUGGAACGACCUCCCAUCAGAUGUCAAAGCGAUAAAUAACUACCUGACAUUUAGAAGACAUCUUAAGGCAGCCCUGUUCAGGGAAGUUUUUAAUCUGUGAUAUUUUACUGUAUUUUUGGUUUCUAUGGAAGCCGCCCAGAGUGGCUGGGGAGACCCAGCCAGAUGGGCGGGGUACAAAUAAUAAAUUAUUAUUAUUAUUAUUAUUUCCCCAUCAGAGCACCUCUGAUGAAGGGGGAGGUCCAUUCUUAUCCCAUGAGAACACACCUGGCUGAUACCAAAUAUUACGAGAGCAGGAUAUAGACAAGACAACAUGUACAUACUCUACAUAAAACAAAAUGUCCAACCUGAAGGCGAGAACUCAGAAGCUGGUCUGAACAAACAAUUAAGUCCCUGUUCUACGCAAUACUGCGUUAAAUAGAUCACUGUUCUGAUUUGGUAUUAAGUAGUUCCAUGUGUUGCUGGUCCCAGUGUGAAAGGUGGGUUUAGCCUACCUAAAAAAUGUUACCGACUGUAGUCCCUUUAUUGUAUUUAUUUUACUUUGCACAUAAAAUCAUAAACUUUUAUGGAAAAACACACAGUAUAUAAUCCUUUUACCAGGAGGCAUUUUGCUAGUCUAACUAAUAUAUAUUUACAGGGGCAAUUCAUAGUUAUACACAGCAUAUGUAGAAGGUCUUAGUUUGGAGGUGGAUGAAGUCAACAAGAGGUUCUUCAGGUUCUCUUGAUUUCUGUCAGUCUCCAUAGUUCAAAAGCACCAGCUUGGAUUGGGACUAUGCUUUUCACAUGACAGUUGCUUGAAAAAAAAUACAAUUUCCCCCAAACAAUAUUUUGUUAUGCAUUGCCAUAGUUUGCUCUUCUUCAUUGUGUAUGCCCAUUGACUAUAGUACUUCAUAGGAGCCUUAUUUCUUAAAACUUGUUUUUAUCUUGUGAUGUGCUAGCAGUGUUCAGUAACAAAACUUAUCUUAUUUGCAGACAGAGAUCAUUUGCAAAAAGCACGGACUGACUCUGCCCACUGGAAUCUUGGAAGCUUUGGUUAGCACCUGUGAAUUUGGCAAAAGAGGCAAAAUAGAGUGAGUUUUUAUUGAGAUGCUUCCUUCCUUUCAGUACGUUAUGUGUGCAUCUUGAUCCUACAGACCCGGAAUGUGGCAAUACAAUUAUAGAGUUGGGCUUCUGGAGAGAAAGCAUAAGCCCAUGUAUUGCUGGACUGAGAGCAACUGGGUGGUUCUGUCCAAAUGCCCCCAAUUUUCCAGAUAGCAUGCAUUCAUUUCCUUGUUAUUUCAGUCAGAGUGCACAAAAGUUUGACUCCUACAAGGCCAAGAAGACAUCCCAUGCAAAGGGUGGUGGGAUGAGUUUUGUCUUGUCUGUCCACUAAACUUGUAGUCUGGUCCUUGUUGAGUGCAGCUGUGCCGCACAGUGAUGGAGAAAGAAGGAAUGGCAAAAAUGCAACGAGGAAGGGCCAUAGCUCAGUGGUAGAGCAUCUGCUUUCCAUGCAGAAGAUCCCAGUUUCAAUCCCAGGUAGGGUUAGGAAUGUCCCCAAUCACUGAGGACAAUAUUGAGCUAGUAUAGAUGAACAAGUGGUUCUUUUUAAUAGAGGGUUCCACUGAUACCCACCACUUAAACAUUUUCAAAGAUUUAGAUCUGAAGGAUAUCACACUUGUCAUUGCCAUGCAUAUCUGCAAAAGACUCCAUCACAUUUUUGCCCUUUUUCGAGGAGUCUGAAGGUGCAGUAUAAGAGCUUAGUCCUGUGAGGUUCAAGGUUUUAGUUCUCUCUGUACCACUUGGUUGGCACCCAUAUAGACUGGCUAUGAAUCCUUAGUACAAUAUCAACUAUUAAUACUCCCUGCUAGUACUGGGUUGUAGUCAAUGUUAGUUCUAUUCAGAGCAGACCCAAUGAAAUUAAUUGUCAUGACUAACUCAUGUCCAUUCAUUUCAAUGGGUCUACUCUGAGUAGAACCUACUUGGAUGUGAUCCACUGCCUAUAACUUGGCUCAUGCUAAAUUAGAGGAAUAAAUCGUGUUUUCACCAUAUAGUAUGACUGUGCCCUUCUGCUUAGUUUGUAUUGCUGAUUUUUUCAAGGGAAACUGUGGCUUCUUGAAUGCUGCUGUCCAUAAUGCACAGAUCUUACUAUAGCUCUGUGUUAAUGCCUAUGUCUUCCUUUGCUAAAUUAAACAUAUAAUAGAUAAGUUGCAAAUGCACACUAGCUUGCCAAAGCUCCCCCCCAUCGCAACCCCCCGCCAAUAUAUUUAGCUCUGUGUGUCAAGGACCCCCAGGACCCGCUCAAAUAAAGACACAGUUCACACAAAAGUUUUGUUUUGGUUUUUUGGCAUAAUUUUGGCCACAACUUUAUUGAUUACAGUAUGUGAGUGGUUGCCUAGGCAUUGGUUAGCAACUAUCUGUUCCCACUUAGAGGUAGGAACAGAACUGACAACUGCAGGCCUGCGAAAGUCAGUAAGGGUAAACAUUUUUGAGGAGAGAAUAGAGUUGGGCACCAGGCUCUCGUUGUUGUUGUUGUUGUUUAGUCGUUUAGUCGUGUCCAACUCUUUGUGACCCCAUGGACCAGAGCACGCCAGGCACUCCUGUCUUCCACUGCCUCCCGCAGUUUGGUCAAACUCAUGCUGGCCAGGCUCUCACCUCUCCCCAAAUGCUCCCAGGGGCUUGUGUGGCCCUAGCCCCUUGCCAGGGGUUUGGACGAAAGCAUGGCGAGCCUCUGGACUCCUUUACCGGAAUACCCUUGCAGCAGCAUCAUUGGAGGCACUGGCACAGCCAACCAUGCCCCCUCCACCAACCAAAAUUAACCAAUGCCUAACCGCAACCUUACAAGUUGUGACAAUUUGCUACGCAGUAGGCAAAAACCAAAUGGCACCAGCCAAUCAGCCAAAUGGACAAAAUUCCUACCAGGCCCCUGCCCCAAAGCAGACGACCCCAUGACAGGCAUAGCAAGGCCACCACGAACAACCCUAAAUAUAGGGAGGGUGGGCGGGUAAUCUGAUGCACGCAGCGAAAAGAGGAAGCUCAACGCUGCGCGCAGGGAAUAAAUAGCACCCCAACAGUCAAUCAACUUUGCAACAUUAAAUUCUCCCCAGCAACAUUUGGAGGUGCCCUAUCAGAUUCUUGGACAUCCAUACUAACCCGCCCAGCAACAGGGGAUGUCAUGGUUGCCCCCACCACAACAUGUGCUCUCCAUGAAGGAGAACCCGCUUUGCUAAGCCAAAUAUAAGAAAAAUCAUUUAGCAAAGCAAUACCCAGAAUUACAUUUUUAAAGAUUUUAAAUCCAAUAUAAACAAAAUAAACCUAUAGGGUGUGCCAGAGUCAUUGGUUUAGUUAUGCAUUACCCAUUUUAAUCUCUGCUUCCACUGUGAAUGAAACUCUUCAGUAAUUAGCAAGAAUCUAGCUCUGAGCCAUUUUGUGAUUAAAUGUGCUUAAGAUCAAUACACCACCAUGACUGAUAGCAGUCAUGCGAGAUUAAUCUCAUUGCACAAAGUAAUGCUCUCUCUUUAACCUGUCGUGGAAAGUGAAUACGAUGUGAAAAAAUAAGCUGAGAAACAACUCCAGGAGGAAGUCCAUAGAUUUCUUGACUGCAUUAAAUAGAAUAACCAAAGGAUUAACUUCUUAAGCACCAUUGCUUCCUUUGUUAUGGAGUCUGCCCUUGACUCCCUAGAAGGUUCUCCCAUAAGGAUCCUAGCUCAGUAACAGAUUACCUGCCUUGUGCAAAAGAGAUUCUAGGUAUGAAUCAUUUCUCUGUGUCCCUUGGGUCAGUUUCCAGGAAGCAUAACUGGGAAAGACCAUUACUUGAACCUAGACAACACACCAUCUGCUAAGAACAAUGGGCAACACACUUCCUGAUAAUCAUUACUGACAGACUAAAUGAGCUACUGGUUUGACUAAAAGAGAUAUUUCAGCUUCUGGCAAAAAUCAGGGGAACAUCAUAUGUGUGCAUGUUAGAGUAAAUGCCAGACAUGUAAUCAAAGUUGACAAAGUAAUUCCUUGUAUUUUAGUAGGCUUGUUCAUUAACCUAUGACCCCAAAAUUCAGGAACAGCCCCCCUCCAAAACUGAUGCCAAAGUCUUGUGCUGCAAAUCCCACUUUUCCUGCCCUCCCAAACUGAGUAAUCAACACUCACCCAGGGAGGCCAUAAGGACACACCAAAACCCAACCUCAUCCAAUUGACUCCAAACUGGUUCCAAAGUGGAGUGCUGGCUUUAUGCCUUCGGGGUCAAAGGUUAAUGAAGCUGUAGGAGACCAGUGGCAAACAGCAGAAUUUCCCAACAAUUACCAAUUUAUAAAGAACAAGUGUAGUAGAAUGAAGCACAGGGAAGAGAUUAGAAAAACAUUACUAAAUAGAUAAAUAAAUAAAUAAAGGAUUAAUAAGAAAAUCUGCAUAAGAAAGGACUUGCAGAAGAAGGAAAAUUCAAAGUGUUGGUUUGGGACCAGAGGGCCUGUUUAGGUGUCCACCAGUGAAUAUAAUCAGAUUUACAGGUACUUGUAACAGAGCCUUCGUAAUGGUUGCCCCACAACUAUGGAAUCUGAUCUAUUUCAAUGUAGGCAGCCUCAUCUUUCCCAUCCUUUCACCAGGGUUUGUAGGCUUACAUUUUUUGUCUGUGAUCUUUACUAGCUAACUCAGGCUAUAAAUUGGGACUGGUAUGCCAAUGUCUGGCUGAAUUUAUUGUUAUUGUUUUAUCUCUGCUGGUUUUUAAUAUUGCUAUAACAUGUAUAUUAAAAAGAUUUAUUUUGUAUUGAAAUAAGUUGUGAGCCACUUUGUAGAAUAUGUUCUCAAAAAAUUCCCUUAAAUAAAUACCUGCACAUAAAUAGGAGAAUGAGAAAAAGGUGAACAUUUGAGAAUGAUAGAAGAUUCACAUACCGUAUUUUUUGCACCAUAACACUCACCUUUUUCCUCCUAAAAAGUAAGGGGAAAUGUCUGUGUGUGUUAUGGAGGGAAUGCCUAUGGGUGGCAUGCCUACGGAUUUUCCUCCUCUAAAAACUACGUGUGUGUUAUGGUCGGGUGCGUGUUAUAGAGCGAAAAAUACGGUAAUGCAAAAACAAGAGAGCUAAUCACAGAGCAAAGCAGGAUAAUUUAUAUUACUGUAUAUCAUAUUAUGUAUAUUAUAAUGGACAUUACAUUAAUGUCUGGAUUUUGCUUACAUAUAAUCUCCCUCUAUAACUAUAAUAUGGAAGAUGUGAAGGAAAACCUAAUGAACAGGAAAUACGCUUUCAAAUAUUGCAUUUAUCUUGAGAUGUUUCCUCAUGUAGAUGGAAAACGUUUGUGGAGUUUCUGAAGAAAGUCCAGGCUGGGAUCAACCCUGCUCUGCUCGUCUGCAGAAGUAAGCUAUGCAGUUGCUGUUAUUCUGGUCAUACCUAAAUAUUACAAGGUGGCAACAACAUUUUACAUUUCUGGAGAAGGCUGUUGAAAUAUAUCAUUUGUAGCAAGUGGAAGAACCCAUCAGGCCCCUUUCAGAGGGGUUGGAGAAACUUUGGAUCCAGUUGAUCCAGAGCUCUGUUCUGCCCUGCCAUCACAGCACCCUCAUUUCAGGCACCUGUGCUUGAUACUACCAGUAGGAAGACAGCUGGUGACAGGUUCUCAAUCACCAUGGUUUCAUCAGAGCAGCAAGGUCCUCUGCAAUGGUGGAUGAUCUCUUCCGCUAUCUCCUAAUAGCCUCCUGCAGCAAAAAUCAAAGUGUUAGGAGGAUGAAUAGUACAAUCCUAACAGCCAACAGUUUUCCUUGACUUGAGUUCAGAUUCAAUAUAUUAACAAAAAUUAGCAAUAGCUCUGCUAAUCAGCUCUGAAGAUGGAACAUCUUCACUGAGAAGAUAGUAUGAAUCUUGACAGUUUGCUGCUCCUUCAAACCACAGAAGCUCACUUUGGAAUUUAACAUCACAGUCCAGAACUUGCCUCAGACAGAAUUAACAAAUUAUUGGGGAUUUCCUACACCUACAUCACUUUCUGCAAGAAUCACAUGGUAUAAUGACUAAGGAAAUUUCAUUGGGCUUUCUUAGAGGAGUUCCAGUUAGGGUACCACUCCCUGAAAUUAUCAGUAAUUAAAUGGGCAAGUUAUUUUCACUAAACUGAAGCACUUCAACAUGCACUGAGGAGUGUACUUGGAAUCCAUGUACUUGGAAUCCAUGUACUUGGAAUCCACUUGGAAUGUACCUGGGAAGUCUCACCCAAGGAGGUGAAAGGUUUGCUUGAGGUGAAAGAAUCCAGAUGAGUUGUUAGUAAUAUAAUACAUUCAUGCUACUAACAUAAUUAACAAAUGAAAAAUACUAACUUAGAGUGAGUCAUCCUUGAUAAAUACUUCAGAAAGAGAGGCUAUCAUGUGAGAACUAUGAACAUCCUGUAAACAUAAUAAUAGCCUUGUUCCUAUGCAUUACUUUGGGAGCAAUCCAGAGAACAUUUUGCCUAUAAAUAGCAUUUUAAAUAUUAACCUGGAUCAGGACAAAGAUCUAUCUGGGCCAGAUUCAUUUCCCAAUAUAGUAUUCAGCAAAGCUUUUCAGCAGGGAAUGAUGGUGACAACAAUUCUCUCUCUACACCAUCUGGCCAUUCAAAGUGCUUCUCAACAUGAAGAAUCCAUAUAGGUCUAUCUUCCAUUAGCUUUCACAUCUGAAUCUAAACUUAGGUAUUAAAAAGUAGAAGACAAUUUUCAGACUUUGUUCUGGAAUUGCUGGGUACUUCAUGUUGCACUCUUAGAAAGAUGACAGAGGUGGUAUUAUAAAACACUUCCACAAGAUCUGUGAAAUAGGUAGUAUAAUACUGCUCCUCAAGGCACUACAAUGCACCUGUUAAAACAAUUAUAAUGUUGGGCAUGUGAUUUACAGAGUGCUAGCUAAUUGUGGGUUUUUGGUUCUUUUUAAAGAAAAUGGUGAAAGGAGUGAUGGAUGUGAGACAUUGACUUAGGCAGUGAAUUAAUCUAAUCAUCUUUAGAAAGCUCUCUGGGAUACUUAAUAUUCAGGAGGUGACUAAGCACGGAGUUGAGCCAAUAGCCAUCAUUGCUACAGAGACUGAUCAGCAUGCAACAGUUGGGCUUGAACUUUAACCAUCUGGCUGCAGGCAAACCAGCUGUCUUCUCAACUAGAAAUGCUAUUCAUUCCUGGGAAUUGAUUCAUCUUUCCCACAAUUUAAUUUUAUGCCUCACAAUCUGGCCUACCAUCCAUAACUUACUACAUUGUCCAAUCAGUGCAGAUGAGAAAUUACAGGUCUUUGCUCAAGGAUCAAGCACCACAGGGCUUUAAAUAUAAACUGAAGGUUAUGGAACUGAGUGCUACUAAACAUUAUAAGUGAAAGAGACAGAUGUAGGUGAGGGUGACAGUUUAAUAGGUAAAAAAUGAACUAAGAAGUCACAACAAGCUGCACUUGCAGAAGGCUAGAGGAGGAGGUUGGAGGAGGCCCAUGUACAUGUGCAGAAGCUAUUUCCGGUGCUCCUCUGACCCGGAAGUGCACUGGAAAUAGCGUGUGCACACCCGUAUGGGCAUGCGCUCCCCCGCCCUCCGGCCCACCGCGCAGUUGGCGCUGGAGACACCGGCCCGAGACGCGGUAAGUUUGCUGACCCCUGUCAUAGAACAAGAAGCAACUUAGUGUGGUUCAGCCACUGGAGAGCACAGUUUGCUCAUUGAAGUAUGGUGAUGAUUAACACAUUUCCCCAACAUUUUUCUAGAAAGGUAACUCAAGGUCAAGGUGGCUGAAAACCAAAUCAAAGUUGAGCUUAUCCAAUCAUAUUAGUGUUAAGAGUUCACAGGACUAGUUUUCAUGUCAUAUCUGAGAGUGGCCUGUUCCAAAUAAAUGGAAAUCAUACAACUUCAACUACUAAUAAACAAUAAAAUACCUCACAAUUGUUUUCAUCUUAGGAGGAAACAAGGAGAAAAGCGAAGAUGACUCUCAGGUAUUUUCAAAACUAUAUUGUUUCAUCCACAAAUUGUUAAGAAAGUCUGGUUUGUAAAAUGGGACUGUGAAAUUGUACUUGAAAGCUUUAAUACUGCUUAGAACCUUGUCUAGCAAAAGAACUCAGAAAUUAUUAAUAGUAGUAGUAGUAGUAAUUAAAUUUGUAUCACUCUUCUUUCCAAAGGAGUUUAUCACAUUCAUCUGCUCCCAUCCUGAAUGCAACUAUGUAAAGAGACCAUUGUUGUCUGCCUUGUUUCUCUGAAGAGGGAAAUGAGGUUGAUAGCAAUUUGCCCAGUACUGUCUAGGGCUACAUUCAUAUGACAAUUUCCCUGAGGUUUCUGCAUUACAAUGUAAAAGCCACUUCUUGAAAACUAAUGGAAUGUGGUGCACAUUUAGUAUUUAUUCCCAAGUUAUUUGAUUCCAGGAGAAAAGAAAUAUGUUUGCUGCCCCUUUAACCAAGAAAAUUGCAGGAGUAAAGCAAUGAAAUUUGGGGCAGCAUACCGGCAUAAUAGGGACAUGGGUGGCGCUGUGGCUUAAACCACUGUGCUGUUUGGACUUGCCGAUCAGAAGGUUGGCAGUUUGAGGCCCCGUGAUGGGAUGAGCUCCCGUUGUUCAGUCCCAGUUCCUGCCAACCUAGCAGUUCAAAAGCACGCAGUGCAAGUAGAUAAAUAGGUACUGCUCCGGCGGGAAGGUAAAUGGAGUUUCUGUGCACUGCUCUGGUUUCACCAGACGCAGCUUAGUCACGCUGGCUACAUGACUUGGAAAAACUGUCUGCGGACAAACGCCAGCUCCCUCGGCCUGUAAAGCGAGAAGAGCGCCGCAACCUCAGAGUAGUUAGCAGCUGGACUUAACUGUCAGGGGUCCCUUUACCUUUACCGGCAUAAUGUUCCUCUCUGCUGUUUUCAUGAGGGAACAGAAGCAUGCAGGUGUGGAAAGGCUGAGAGGAAUAUUUGGUGCAACAAGCCAGUAUUUAGGUCAACAAGUCAUGAUUCCACAGCACAACAGUUAGUGCUGUGUGAAAGGAACAUUAUAAAAUCUGAUAGAACCACAGCAUUAUAAUCAGGAAAACUAACAAUAUUCCCCACAUCUGAACGCACUCUUAGAGAAAGAUGGGAAAUCUCAUGGCCCUCCAGAUAUUUUUAUUGGAUUCUAACUCCCAUAACCUGUGUCUGGACUCCAAUUUCCAAAUCACACAAAUGACUGUCAUAGAAGCAAAACAUAAUGUAAUCUCCCAAUUUUUAACCAAUAAAUUGACCCAAAUAUUCUAGUGAGGAUCUGAAGGAGCCAAUACUUUAAACAGAAUGCUAUCCCCUCCUCCACCUUCAUAGAAAGUUGACAACUACUAAACUUUUGAAAAUUUGAUGUAAUUUGGACAAAGGACAAAGAGUGGUCCAACCGUUGUGCUGGCAAGACUUGGGAGCAAAUGAAGGAGGUCACAUACGACUCCAUUGAUGCUGAGGAACAAGAUGCCUGGAUAGACCGGUUCAGAAAACUGGAGAGGGCUCUUUAUUUGUGUGAUGUGAAAAACACAGGUAAGAAUAGUUGUGGUUGGAGAAGGGGCUGCUGCACUAAGGAGAUGGCUUUUGUAUUUGGCUUGUAUUUCAUGGCAACCUCAUAUUUAUCCAUUAAUGUCUGAAGGGAAGAAAAUAGGCAGUAGCACAUUAUCAGCCUAUAAUUAUGAGCACAGUUGAUCAACUCACUCCUUGGUAGUAUUUAGGAUGACACAAUAAAUAUUUUUGUUCCAAAUUGCUUUUUAUGAGGGGUCCAACAGCAGCCUGUUUUUAAUCUUCAACUGGCUGUGAUGUAAAGAAUUGAAAUAUAGCACAAGGGUAGCCAUGUGAUGCCCUCCAGAUGUUAUUGGGACUAAAACUCCCAUCACCCCUGUCCAUUGGCCAUGUUGGCUGGGGCUGAUGGGAGCUUUAGUCUAACAUCAGGAGCGCACCACAUUGGCUAACCCUGUGCUUUGAUAUUAUGGGUGAACAGACCACCAGGGUUGCAUUUGCUCAAUAGUCAAGUCUGAUUUUGUCCAAAGGGGAAGAUAAUAUUUUUUCUUUCUUUUCCUCUUUCUUUUCCUCUUUCUCUCUUUUCCUCUCUAAUACAUACAGGCAAGUUGGAAAAAGAAAAAGCCAAGCGUCUAAUCCAUAACUACAACCAAAUUUAUGAUCUGUGCCUUAGUCCACUGAAAAUUGAUAAAGCUUUUCGACCUUUCCGUCCUGGACAAGACAUACCUCUGGAACCUUUGCUGGAUUACUUAAAGGAGCUGUAA